AUGGCUAAUAUCCAGCGGGUCGUCAUCUCGCUGAUGGUCAUCUUGACCGCUACCUUCUUGUUCAUGGGACAGACAGCGCAGGCGGCGAAGGGUCCCAAGAUCACACACAAGGUCUACUUUGAUAUUGAGCACGACGGCCAACCGCUAGGCCGGAUUGUAAUGGGUCUCUACGGUAGGACCGUGCCAAAGACCACAGAGAAUUUUCGAGCACUGGCCACAGGCGAGAAGGGUUUCGGCUACGAAGGAUCAACCUUCCACCGCGUCAUCAAACAGUUCAUGAUUCAGGGUGGCGACUUCACAAAAGGCGACGGCACUGGCGGCAAGUCGAUCUACGGUGACAGGUUUGAAGAUGAGAACUUCAAGUUGAAGCACACAAAGAAGGGCCUAUUAAGCAUGGCCAAUGCGGGAAAGGACACAAACGGGUCACAGUUCUUCAUUACCACCACUGUUACAAACUGGCUUGAUGGGCGUCAUGUUGUCUAUGGCGAAGUGCUGGAGGGCUAUGAUGUUGUCGAGAAGAUCGAAAACGUGGCCAAGGGAUCGGGUGACCGUCCAGCCAAACCUGUCAAGAUAGUCAAGAGCGGAGAGCUGCCUGUGCCACCCGAAGGUAUUCACAACGAACUUUAG